GCAGUGCCCGGCGCCUGUCGUCCAUCGAAAUUCGCUGGAGUGCCUUGGGGCGGCGCAGCAAUCAGGAUCUCGAGCCUCCUCCUGUCCUCCUUGCAUCGACUAAACCUCGUGUAUACCGACUUUCUUUUCGGUGAUCGCCUUUGCGACCGCGACCUGUUAUCGUUUCUGACUUCGGGAGGCCUUUUCAGGGUCAUUGGUGUUUCUUGUGGCCACAGGCGACGGAUGCGAUCGCAACACGUGCCUCUCCUUUUCGACUUGAGUCCGCCGUCUUGACCCCCUGGGCCACAUAAUGGUGCGGCAUUGACGACAACCAUAUCGACAAUACAACCUACAUUCCUACAUCCAAAUCGCAAAUAUGGCAGCAGAGGACUGGUUAGGCGAUGUGCCCAAAAAUGGCUGGCAGGCCACCCACAGCUGGAAGAUGCCUGAAUGGGUCGAAUCUAUCAUCAUCAUCCUUAUCCUCUUCCCGUCCAUGUAUCUCACCAGGCGUCGGAACUACACCGUCUUCCGUAGAGACAAGGACCACACCUACAAGCUGCUCGACGAGGUGGAGGCCGGUUCACCAUCGCCUCGGAGCUCGAACGAAUUCGAACUCCUCCCCAAGCCCGACGCGUUCCCCCCCAAGACUCGCUCGCUAUGUGGCUUCAUGCGCAUCCGCACGCCCAACUCCUCUCGCUUCGCGCGCAACGUCCACUCGCGCAUCCUGCAAAAGUUCCCCUUCCUCGUGGAGAUGUUCUACUGGGCCAUCGCAUUGGCCCUCUACCGCGGAACGGGCGCCGUCGCCCAGCUCAUCUACGGCGGCCACCGUGAGAUGUGGGAUUCGGCCGCCGACCACGGUCUGGCCCUUCUCGAUGCGGAAGCGUACUUUUUCGGCAACGGCCAGGAGGGCCCCAAGCGCUGGCUCGAAUGGCGCAUCCAGCGCUGGUUCCUGCACGGGUCCGAGGCUGGCGACUACCGUGUGUGGUUCCUGACGAUCCUCAACCGAGGAUAUGCGCUCAUCCACAUCCCUGGCACCGUCGGCUUCAUCUCAUACUACUACGCCACUGCGCCUACCCAUCGCCGCUUCUGCACCGUCCGCCGCACGCUCACUCUCACCAACAUGCUCGCCUUUGUCUCCUUCAUCCUCAUUCCCACCUGCCCUCCUCGGCUGUUAGAUGAGAAGUAUGGCUUUGUGGACACUGUCAACCUCGAGUCGGCCGAAUCCGUGUGGAUGAGCGGCAAAUUUGUCAACAAGCUCGCUGCGUUUCCCAGCAUGCACUUUGGCUACGCCUUCUGCAUCGGCUGUGUGUUUAUUGCCGACAGCGGUGUUUUGACCGGCUUGAUCAACAAGGCUUUCAACUACGUUUUCCGCAGCAGCGACCCGGACGCGGAGGCAGAGGAGGAGGAUGACGAAGAUCUCCUGCUCAAGAGGCGCAGCCCGCUGGUGCGUGGCCUCAUGUUCGCCUUUGGCCUCUGGUACCCUUGCUGGAUCCUGCUUACCAUUGUGGGCACCGCCAACCAUUACUUUAUUGAUGCUUUGGCCGCGGUUUUCACUGUCAUGAUUGCCUACGUCUUCAACCGCUUCCUGCUUGUUUUCCUUCCUUUGGAGGACUAUCUGCUCUGGGCCUGCCGCAUGGAUAAGCCCAUUCCUACUACGGGGCGCAUGAAGAAUCUGGUGGUCGAAUGAAGGUCAGAGUUAGACAGACGUUGAGUGUGCUCUUUACUAUAAACCUUGGGGCGUCGUACUUGCAUUAUGGAGUUUGUUGAAGUGUUACGAUGGGAAAACCUAUAUCCGGGCCUCUGUAUACAUGGCAUGCAUUAUAUAAUUACUACCUGGUAUUCAUAUCCUAUCCGUAUGGUCCUAUCGUCAAUAGUCCGCGGUCUUCGUGUCAUGCUCGGUGGAUGACUCAGCCGUGAAUCACCUAGCAACGGCCCACUUGCAUUAGCGCC